ACCGGGAUAACAAGGCAAGAAUAACCUAGAAGGGCCAAGCCCUUUUCAGAAAUUUAGAUUUCCAUUACUCCUCCCUCACACGGGUCUCACUUCCCACCAAGCCUUUCCCCUUCACUGAUAAUCUCCUCCGCAAAUUCAUAUCAUAUUUCCGGUCUGACUUCACUAACCGGAGCUUAAUCUCGGUAAUGUACUCUUGUAGCAAGAUUCUAAUAUAAUAUUUGACACGGUGAACAGAACUAAAAAUGGAGUUCAAUAGCCUGAAAGAUUCAUUUGAGCGUGUUGCAAAGAAGCAAAAGGUGUCCUAUUCUAAAACGCAUAAAGUUGCAGAUCUGAUUGUUCAGGAAAUAGAUAAGGCAAUCCAGAUGGUGCAGUCAAGCACUCUUGAAUAUAAAUCCAAACUAGCUGAACUGAAGAAAAAGUUGCAGGAAGUUUCUCCACUCAGUCAGCUAGAAGGCACCCAAAAGGAACUGAACAUAGCACUGAGCAAGUAUCCAAAAGCUCUCGAGAAAGUCCUUAAUCCUGAUAUAUCCAAGGCUUACCGAAAUAUUGAGUUUGAUUCCCGAGUAGUUAACCAAAUAAUUGCCUGCCACUUUUAUCGUCAAGGGCUGUUUGAGAUUGGUGAUUGUUUAAUAGCCGAGGCUCAGGAUGUAGAAGCUGCUGCUACUAUGAAAUUACUUUUCCAGGAACUUCAUCAAAUACUCGAAGCCAUGAAGAGUUGGAACCUGAAGCCUGCCCUGAAAUGGGCAGCUGCAAACUCCGAUAAACUGAAAGAAAAUGGUUCAGACCUUCAUCUGAGACUCCAUCAUUUGCAGUUUCUGAAAAUACUUCAAAAGGGAAGCAGAGAUGAAGCACUCAAGUAUGCAAGAACCAACUUUGUUUCUUUCGCCGGAAACCACAUGGCCGAAAUCCAGAAGCUCAUGGGGUGUCUCUUAUAUUCUGAUAGACUUCACGAGUCCCCGUAUGCUCAUUUAUUAUCGUCUACCAAUUGGGAUACUGUGACCGAGAAACUCACCAGGCAGUUCUGCAAUCUUCUGGGCAAAUCAUAUGAGAGCCCAUUGAGUGUCGCAAUAGCAGCAGGAAUCCAAAGUUUGCCCCCACUUCUCAAGUUUAUGACUGUUAUGGCAGGGAAGAAACAUGAAUGGCAAACAACGAAGCAGUUGCCCGUGCCGAUCGAGCUGGACAAAGAGUUUCAGUUUCAUUCAAUAUUUGUCUGCCCCGUAUCCAAGGAGCAAUCAACUGAUGAUAACCCGCCAAUGAUGUUGUCGUGUGGCCAUGUGCUUUGCAAACAGUCUAUCAACAAGAUGUCAAAGAAUGGUUCGAAGAGUUUCAAGUGCCCAUACUGUCCGACCGGUAUCAAUUUGACGCAAUGCAGGCAACUGAUGUUCUGAUGUAAAAUCCUAAUAUGAUCAUGGGUUUAUAUUAAGAAAACUGUUUCCUUUAGACUGAAUCGAAAAUGUAGAGAAUUAGAAAUUUGUGCGAUGUGGCCAAUGUGGGGUAAAAUGGCGGCAAAUGCUGAUCAGCAAUGGGUGUUGAUGUUUGUUUAUGAACUUGUCAAUAGACAUUCUUUCCCAUAUUCAUGCUGGUAAUAUAAAAACCAUGUUGCUUCAUUAAUUUC